GCUGUGUUUCUCGGUUUGUUUUUAUCGUCCGUGAUUUAGUUUCGGUGAUAAAUGAUUACCGAUUGCGAUCGCAGCCGUUAUCGAGCUGUACCGUUGUACCUUAUCUCUUCCCGUACAGGUACCAGUCAGCGGGAGAAUCCGGCUGGGUCGGUCGGUCGUUCUUGAGCGGCCACGAAAUGGUGCCACCAAUUUGUGACAUUUCGUUUGAUGACAAUUCGCACGGUGUUUAUCUCGCGGGUCAAACUCUCGCCGGCCAUGUGGACAUCGCGACACAGAAAGCGAAGAAGGUGAAAAGUGUUUAUCUGAGGAUAACCGGGCAGGCGUGUGUCAAAUGGGAGGACAGUGGCGGAACUGGUAGCAGCGUGACUUACAGUGGGCGGGAGGAUUACAUCGAGCAUAAGAUGGUGUUUCUUAGCAGCGAUUCCACCGAGGCAACCGCUUUGAACGAGGGUACACAUAGUUUCAAGUUUUCAUAUAAACUGCCACCAACCAGUCCGACUUCGUUCGAAGGGGAUUUCGGUUACAUACGAUAUACUAUUCGAAUAGUGCUAGAGCGACCAUGGAAGUAUGAUUUGACAUAUAAGAUAGCAUUUACGGUUGUUAACCAGCUGGAUUUGAAUAGGAUUUCGCCACCUCUGAAUGCAGCUACCGUGAAGGAAAACAUGAGACAAUACCGAUGCGGGUUGUGUAGAUCAGGUCCCUUGAUUAUGACCGUGAGCAUACCAAUGACCGGUUACGUCCCAGGGCAGUUUAUUCUGGUAACCGUGGAAGUGAUGAACAAAAGUGGACGGAAUGUAAGUGAGAUUAAAAUAAAACUUAGGAGACAGGUCACAUAUAUAAGCCAAACUCCGUGCGAAUGUGCCAAAUGUGUGUUUCAUACCCUGGUUAAAUAUCAGUGCAGUGGCGUUGAUCGGAAUAGAUCCGCCGGCUAUGUGAGACGCUUGCUCAUUCCCCCCGAAUCACCAUCGCGGACCACCAGUGUAAUACGGAUUGAAUAUUUUGUUGAGGUUGUUGCGAACGUAUCUGGCGGAUAUGCUAGCGAACGAGUGAAACUACCCAUAGUGAUCGGUACUGUGCCGUUGGCUAACCUCAGCAGAUCUCAGGAACAAUCUUCCGCCAUAGAUAGCCAGUCGACGAUAGCCGGGUCAACCACUAAUCUAUCAACGCAAUUUCUUUCGAGCAGCAUCCAGUCGUUGAAAUUUCCACAUAGCUUCGAGGAAUCGCGGUGUCGGGCCGCGAUCAACAUCCAGGAAGAUGACGAGCAGCAAACGCUGGGAGCGAAACCUUUCACCCCGCGUUAUCCAGUGUACAGGUUCGACCGGCAGUUGAACGAUAGCUGCGGGGGAACCGCGCCUUGCCGGAGUAGUUGAGUGUGCAUUGGAUUGGGGGGACCACCUCGAGAUCCAAUUUAAUUGAAUAACGUUACGAUGCGGCGAUGCUUAUCGGACGCGUAAAAAAGUAAUAAACGAAAAGUAUACGAUAGGUGUUCGUUGUCGGUUUGCUCUUAUCUGUUUGGUUUGUUUGGCCGCGAAGCUCCGCGCUUGCUGGUUCUGGGAAUCUGCGAAUGAUCGGGUGCGCCCCAUAGAGGAAGAUGCGUCAUCGCACUUCUACCGGCACUCUUGAAAUAAACAGCGAUACUAGAUGUGUUCAACUCAAGGCUCGAUCUGUUUGAACAAUUAUUUUUAAAAGCUUAAAUAAAUAGUGUAAUGCAUGCUUCGGGAAAUCGAUCUCAAGUAUAUUUUGUGUUCUUUUUCAUAUAAGAAGCCUUGGGGGAAUGACAUUGGAAGAACGGGUAAGUCAGAAGGGCGUACACUCAAGAACAAUCAUCCAAUUGUUGCGAAACGUCGAUAACAAUCAGCAACCUCUUAUUGUGGUAUCCGUGUGAUCAAAUAUGUCCUCUAAUCUUUUGGAGUGUAAAUGUUUGAUACAGAAAAUAUGAUAGGAUAAAG